GUCUCUCGCGCCUUCCAGCCCCGAGCUGCGCGGUCAUGGGUAUGAGAGGGAUGCUGCGGGUCACCGUGUUCCUGCUACUCAUCAGGACCUGGCUCGCGGAGGGCAACGACCCCAGUCCCACCCCAAAAUUCCACUUCGAGCUCUCCCCCACUGUGCCCGAAGUCAUCUUGAACCUCUUCGACUGCAAAAAUUGUGCAAAUGAAGCUGUGGUUCACAAGAUUUUGGACAGGGUGCUGUCGAGAUAUGAUGUCCGUCUGAGGCCAAAUUUUGGAGGUGCCCCUGUGCCUGUGGGAGUAUCUAUCUAUGUCUCCAGUAUUGAACAGAUCUCAGAAAUGACUAUGGACUAUACGAUCACAAUGUUUUUUCAUCAGACCUGGAAAGAUCCACGUUUAGCAUACUAUGAAACCAACCUGAACUUGACCCUGGACUAUCGGAUGCUAGAGAAGUUGUGGGUCCCUGACUGCUACUUUUUAAAUAGCAAGGAUGCUUUUGUGCAUGAUGUGACUGUGGAAAAUCGUGUGUUUCAGCUUCAUCCAGAUGGAACAGUGCGGUAUGGCAUCCGACUUACCACCACAGCAGCUUGUUCCCUAAAUCUGCAAAAAUUCCCCUUGGACAAGCAGACCUGCAAGCUGGAAGUAGAGAGCUAUGGCUACACGGUUGAAGACAUUGUAUUAUACUGGGAAGGCAAUGGGAAUGCCAUCCAGGGGACUGAGAAGCUGCACAUUCCUCAGUUCAGCUUCCUGGGGAAAACAAUGGCUAGCAAAGAGGUGUUCUUCUACACAGGUUCCUAUGUACGUCUGAUACUGAGGUUCCUGGUCCAGAGGGAAGUCACCAGCUACCUUGUACAGAUCUAUUGGCCUACUGUUCUCACCACUGUUGUCUCUUGGAUAUCGUUUUGGAUGAACUAUGAAUCCUCUGCAGCCAGGGUGACAGUUGGUCUGACUUCAAUGCUCAUCCUGAAUGCCAUCAACUCACAUCUGCGGGAUAAACUCCCCCAAAUUUCCUGUAUUAAGGCCAUUGACAUCUACAUGGUCGUAUGCUUCUUCUUCGUGUUCCUGUCCUUGCUGGAAUAUGUCUACAUCAACUAUCUUUUCUACAGCCGAGGUGGAUCCCGGCGCAGACUCAGGCGACACAGGAGAGCCCAAAGAGUCAUGGCCCGCUACCGCUACCAAGAAUUGAUGCUGCAGCCCCUUGCACGUCGGAGAUCCCAGGAAGAGAUGAUUCUGUCAGUGGAAGAGAUCAACAAUCACAUUGCAAUUGCUGUUGAGGAAAGUCCUCUCCCUCCUCCCUCCCCACCACCAGUGCUUAUUCAUGUAGGAUGUGAACCUACUGACUUUGUAAGUCUACCUACUAUCUCCUUAAAGGAUGACCAGGUUAGCAUAGAAGAUGAAAGUGGCUCUCCUUUCUCCACACCAGUACAGGCCUGUCUGGCAAGCCUCGAAAGCCUCAGCUCUUUGACCUCCAUCCCAGAGCAGGCCCCACUGGCCACCUCAGAAAGCCUCAGCUCACUAUCUUCUCUCUCAGAGCAGGCCUGGAUGGCCUCUAGAGAAAGCCUGAGCGAUCUCCCCUCCACCUCAGAGCAGGCCCUGCACAGCUAUGGCGUUCGCUUUAAUGGUUUUGAGAUUGAUGACAGUGUUAUUCCUACUGAAAUCCGCAACCGUGUGGAGGCUCAUGGCCAUGCUGAGACCCAUGACCCAGAAGACCCUGAAGAGAACUCGAGCUCAGAUGAGAGUCGUAGCUGUGGCCCUAGUGGGAGGCAUCUGCUUCUCCACAGCCACAGGUGUGUGCAAGAGGCAAGCUAUAGCCUUGAUGAGAUCCGUAGCAACCUUAAUGAGAUCCGUAGCAACCUUGAUGAGAUCCGUAGCUUGCCUGAUGACAUCAAAGUUGAGAGCGGCUACCUUGACCUUGAGAAGCAACUCGAGUGUGAUCUUGACAGCACCUGGAGCCUUAAUGUUGAUGAUUUCUUGGGCUUUGACCAAGGCAAGGAUAGUAACUCAGAGUCUGAUGACAGUUGCCCCCCGAGUCCUGGGUGCUCCUUCAGUGAAGGGUUGUCCUCCAAGCUCUUUCACCCUGACUAUGUCCCUAAGGUCGACAGGUGGUCCCGGAUCCUCUUCCCUCUUGCCUUUGUGGUGUUCAACAUUGUUUACUGGGUGUAUCAUAUCAAUUAG